AUGUCGGCCUCGAAGGAAUCGACUGGAACACUUGGCAACCUAGCCAACAUCCCGAAGCUAGAAUCGACAGCCGGAUGGAUCAACUGGAGCCGAGAAAUGAAGGACCAUCUCACAAUGUCGGGAUACGGAGACUUGUUCAAACGAAACAAGGACAAACCCACCGGCACCAGCGCCGCGACCGUCGAAAAGAUCGACAACUGGCUCUCCAAGCAGGAACGCGCGUGCGGAGCCGUCCUCAAUCGACUUGGAUACAACGCCAGGGAGCAGGUAAAGGACAAGGAGACCGUCACGGAGAUGUUCGAUGAGCUUGAGAAGCGCUUCAAACCAAAAGGAAGUGCGGUCUUCCAAGAGCUCGACCGACGAUACAACUGCCUCACCCUAGACCAAUGCUCGGGAGUCAUGAACUUUGCAGAACGGCUGCGAGAAGCUCAAUCUGAACUCUUGCAACUAGACGAGACAUGCAAAAUCGGCACGCCUCAAUUCAUCAAUAAGUUCCUAACCGGACUUGGCCCCGAAUACGAAAUGUUCCUCACUGCCUUCUACCAAAACCACAACUUGCUACCCGAGCGAGGCUCCAACGGAGAAAUAACCAAACCUGCCGUAACAUUCGAAAUCGCUCUUGCCGCCGCAGAGCAAGAGGAAAUGAACAUUCAACAACGAGAAAAGGCCAAGACGCAAACGGCUCUGCUGGCUAGAAUGCGUGGCCCUGGAAAAGAACGAGUAGCUCAGACGUGCGGCCACUGCAACAAACCAGGUCAUACCAAGGCCGGAUGUUUUGGCCUACACCCCGACCUUCUUGAGGAGUUCAGAAGAAAACGAGCACUUCGGAGUGGACGACGAGAAGCCAAGCUUGAGAAGAGAAAGGAGAACACCUCGUCACUGGAACUCGACGAGGAUCACACUGCCGCCGUCGCCUUCUUAAACGCGGCCCUUCUAUCCUUUCAACCCCAGUUUGGCCUGGCUGCAUCAGAGCCGUCCGGGCUGCUCGAGCGAAUUCACGUAUUGGACAGUGGCGCCUCCUCCCACACGUUCUGCCGUCGACAGAACUUUACAUCACUCGAGAAAUUCACCGGCUCUGCCAUCAACGGCAUAGCUGGCUCGGCCAUUAUGCCCGCGGGGCAAGGCACAUACACCCUCAGAACCAUACGGAACAAUGCCAAAGGAACAACGAUCUUUCAUAAGGCACUUUACGUCCCAGACGCUCACUGCAACCUUGUCUCGGUCUCAGCCCUCGAGGAAGAUGGAGCAACUAUUUUAUUUCGAAAAGGACGAGCCGUCAUUACAAGCCACGGUAAAGUCAUCCUCAGCGCCACUAGGAAAUUUGGUCUGUACGUGAUCGACGAGGACGACCAACAACUGCACACUGCCAUGGCCGCAUACUCUGUCAGCGACCCCAAACUGCAGAUCUGGCAUGACCGACUCGGCCAUUUGGGAGAACAGAACGUGCAUUUACUCAUGAAGAUGUCCACGGGCAUCACUCCUCUAUCUGACUCCAACGUCUGUGAAGCGUGCGUAAAAGGGCGCAUGAAGGAAAGGCCUCACCGCGGAUGCAUUCGAAAAGGAACAAGACCACUGGAGAGCCUGCAUGGCGAUAUCGCUGGCCCCUUCCCAGACGAAGGCAUCGACGGCCAUAGAUACUGGGCCUGCUUCAUAGACGAUUUCACCAAAAUGACCUGGGUCUUCCCAAUCAGGCAAAAGUCCGAAUUUGGCAACUGCCUUCGACAACUUCUGGAACAAGCCGAGACACCAACCCGUCGCUGCCGUUACCUUCGCCUCGAUCGAGGGGGAGAAAACCAAGCUGAUGCAAUCACUCUCUACUGCGAAAACAAGAUGAUUGAGAUGAUCUUUUCUGCUACCGAGCAGCACGAACAAAACGGAGUGGCCGAAGUAGCAAACCGUGUCCUACUCGAGAAGCUCACAGCGACUCUCAUCCAUUCAGGACUGGAAAAGAAAUUCUGGCCAUACGUCCUCAAAGCCAUGGCAUACGUACGAAACCUCUCACCAGCCUCGGGUCGUCAAAUCACACCUUAUGAAGCAUGGCACAAGGAAGUGCCGGAUCUCUCCCAUCUCCGAGUUAUCGGCAGCCGAGGCUUUGCAAAGAUGCCUUCAGCCAAACGGAAGAAGAUGGACGACAAGACAGUCCCCUGCCGACUCCUCGGCUAUCAAGGGAGCACAAACUACGUCUUAGUCGACGACGAUGGAAGAAUAUUCUUUGCGAAUAACGUCGUGUUCGAUGAGAAAUCCCUGCUGAGAAAACGAAUUGCAUCCGAGCAACCAACUGACGAACCCAACGCAAAACGGAUGGAUCUCACACCAUCUCUUCCAACUAUACCCCUAACCGAAAACAUCAGAACAGACGAAGAGAUACAGUCAGCCCCCAGCCAAUCCUAUCAACUGAAUCAAGACGAGCCAAGCUUCCAUGUGGAACUGGGGACUCCAGAAAGAACACAAAGCCCCGACGGUGCAGUCGACGAACACCAAGUCGUUGCGGAAGCAGCCGACGGUCAUCCCCAACAACGUUUUCCAGUACGGGAAACCCGAGGACAAAUUCCAUCAAGAUACACAGUCCUAGCUCAACAAGACCCAUCAGCCCAACAAAACCAGUGGCGCUUCACCAUGAUCGCCAUUCACCUGGCUAUGAUCGCCAACAACCUUGAACCGACCGAACCCAAAACCUUUGCCGAAGCAAUGAACUCGCCUCAUAGCGAACAAUGGAUGCAAGCCAUGAUUGACGAAAUCGACUCCUUGAUGAGAAACGGCACCUUCAUACCAGUCAGCCUGCCUCCAGGAAAACAUACCCUCCAAGGCAAAUGGGUGUAUAAGCUCAAACGGGGAAAGGAUGGCGAGAUUACCAGAUUCAAAGCUCGCUUCGUCGUCAGAGGCUUCGAACAAAAAGAGGGAAUCGACUACCACGAAACGUUUGCCUCCGUGGUCAAGCCGAUGAGCUAUAAAAUGAUCUUCGCCAUCGCUGCGGCCCUAGACCUUGAACUGGAACAGAUGGAUGUCAAAACUGCCUUCCUUUAUGGCGGCGUCAAAGAAGAAAUCUACGUGACUCAGCCACAGGGUUUCGACGACAAGUCAGGCAGAGUCUUCCGACUGCGGAAAGCUCUCUACGGCCUCAAACAAUCUCCCCGAAUCUGGUACCAGACUUUAUCUGAUUUCCUGGAAACCCUCGGCUUCAAACCACUCAACGCCGACGUUGGCGUCUUCAUCCGUGGCACAACCUACAUCGCCGUCUACGUGGAUGAUCUCCUAAUCGCUGGUCCCGAUAAGGAAGAAAUCCGCCAAAUCAAAGCCGCCUUGAGCGAGAAAUUCGAAAUGACUGACCUUGGCCCGUGUCAGUACUAUCUGGGAAUGUCCGUCCGGAGAGACAGACGCAACAAGGCCAUCUUCCUCUCCCAACGAGCAUAUGUCGAGAAGGUCCUACGGGAAUUUGACAUGUGGGAGAGCAAGCCAGUCACAACUCCCCUGAGCACGUCAAAAUUCCAACCUGUCCCAGACGAAUACAGAGCUCCUAAAACGACGAAACUAUGGUACGCAAAAGCAAUUGGGUCACUUAUGUACGCCAUGCUUGGCACUCGCCCAGACAUCGCAUUUGCCGUCUCCCUCUGCAGCCGAUAUCUGGGAAACCCAACCAACGAACACGUCCAAGCCGUCAAGCGCAUCAUGAGGUACUUGCGAGGGACGAUCGACUUGGAACUCACCUUCAGCGGACCACUCAGACCGUUAGUUGGGUACAGCGACUCAGACUGGGCUGGCGAUCACGACACCAGACGAUCAACGGCUGGCUACGUCUUCAACGUCGGCACAGGCGCCAUCAGUUGGAACUCCAAACGACAACCAACGGUCGCACUAUCAUCCUGCGAAGCGGAGUACAUGGGACAAACACAAUGCACCAAAGAGGCGAUCUGGCUACGAGGGUUGCUGCGCGAACUUCUGGCCCAAUACAAACAUGGAGACCUUCAAACAACUAUUCUCUACGGGGACAAUCAAGGGGCAAUUGCAAUGGCCAAAAAUCCACAGUUCCACGCCAGGACUAAGCACAUUGAUCUUCAAUGGCAUUACGUUCGAGAACGAGUCUCGGAUGGAGACGUUGAACUCCAAUAUGUCCCAACCGAGCAACAAAUCGCAGACGGACUUACGAAAGCUCUCCCAAAAGACCGGUUUAUCGUGUUUCGCAACGCGCUGGGCCUCUCCAACCCAUGA